AACGUUUCACGACUGCUCCAUCUCAUCAUAACCUUCAAAACUUUCUCUCAUUCAAAAGAUUCAAAAUAAACAAUUCAAUUAAUGGCAUUUUGUUACUAACAAUUGAACACAAUGAGUGUCGUAAUAGAAACGACGAUUGGUGAUUUCACUGUGGAUUUAUUCACCGAAGAGCGACCACAGACAUGUCGAAACUUCUUGAAACUAUGCAAGAUAAAAUACUACAAUUGGAAUUUGUUCCACACGGUGCAGAGUAAUUUCAUAGCACAAACAGGUGAUCCAACAGGUACAGGAAAAGGUGGCGAGAGUGUUUAUGGGAUGAUCCUCGGAGAAGAGGCACGUUAUUACGAGGGUGAACGAAUGCCAAAGCUAAAACACGACAGAAUCGGUCUCUUAUCGAUGGUUAAUUGCGGUGAUAACAUGUUGGGAUCUCAAUUUUUUAUAACUCUGGAUCGAGACCUGCAGUCUCUGGACGGUGAGCACUGUGUUUUCGGAGAAAUUUCGGAGGGUCUUGAGAUAAUCCUGAAGCUCAACGAGACAAUCUGCGACGGUGACCACCGACCCUAUCAAGAUAUUCGAAUAUCUCACACAGUUGUCCUCGAAGAUCCCUACGAUGACCCGGAGAAUUUACCAGUACCUGACAGAAGUCCCGAGCCAACGAAGGAGGCCCUCGCCAGCGACAGAAUUGGAGCUGACGAGAACCUGGAUGACACAGCUGGAAUGACAAUGGAGGAGAUCCUCGAAAUGCGGAAGGACAAAGAGGCCAAGGCUGCUGCAACAAUUCUUGAAAUCGUUGGAGAUAUUCCAGACGCUGAUAUUGCACCCCCUGAGAAUGUUUUAUUCGUCUGCAAACUCAAUCCUGUCACUAAUGACGACGAUUUGGAGAUUAUUUUCAGCAGAUUCGGAAAGAUCAUUGGCUGCGAGGUAAUCAGGGACAGACAGUCCGGUGAUUCUCUACAGUACGCGUUCAUCGAAUUUGCUGAUCGGAAAAGCUGUGAGGAUGCGUAUUUCAAGAUGGACAAUGUUCUCAUCGACGAUCGCCGGAUUCACGUAGACUUUUCCCAGUCUGUGUCCAAGAUGCGUUGGAAAGGAAAGGGAAAGGGAUUUCUUUAUAAUGACGAUCAAAGAACUACUGGUGAGACCCGUAAGAAUUCUGAGCAGAAAGGUGAUAGAGGGGAGAAAAAUUCACGUGGUAACAGGGAGAGAUAUGAGGAUUCAUGUGACAGGGGUAGAUCUCACAGGAAGGACCAGAUCAGGGAGAGGAGUAGGAGAGAAGGAAGCAGUGAUGAUAAGAAUGGAAGGGAUUAUCGCCGACGUGGUUCAUCUAACAGGCACAGGCGAGAUGAUUCAACCAGAAAUCGAAGCAGAAGUAGAAAUGAUGAGGAGAGAGAGCGAACGGAUCGUAAUAGGGAUAGAGACAGUAAAAAGGAUAAAAAAAAAGAGCGAGAGAAAAAAUCGAGGGAUCGCAGUAGAUCGAGGAAGGACAAACAUAAACACUCGAGGGAUAGAUCGACAGAUAAAUAUCAGAGGAAGAAAAGAUCGGGUUGACUCUGUGGAUUAAUAUUUUUCCGUGUACAUAAUGAAGGACGAGUGAAUAAAAAUGAAUUGAAAUGGAAAGAAAAAUCCCUUUUUUCUCGGUGUGAAACCUGCGAGUGAUUGUCGAUAAGUGCACAGGUAGAAUAUAAUCAUUUAUUGUUCUUCUCGUCACAUAUUCCAUAAUAAUUUACAAUUGUUAUAACGUUACUCGAGCGGGAAGCACGAUACGCAUCCUCUGAUUUAUCCUUUUUUUUCGCAAAGAAUAUUACGUAGCCAUUUAGUCUUUCAUGUCCUCCCUGAUUAGUUAUCCUCGCAGCAUUUAUUUUCAUGGUUAAUUCACAAUUAGCCGAGUCGGUGGGACAAUUCAAUAAUGAGGACAAGUUUAAAUAUCACAAAAAAAAAAUCAACAUCAUCCAUAUUUCGUUAUAACAAACCAAUAAUAAUCCCCACUGAAUCUAAAUUAAAGUAUUUAUAUAAUCGAAUGUUAAUUAAAUAAAAAUGCGGUAAUUAUGAUUAGAUAAAAAGAAAUUGAGGAUUGAGAGAUCAUCGCGACGAAUUAUCUUCUUUAAAAUUUUGAUUUUCAGUAAAAAAUUAUUAAUCAAAAUGAUUUUUGGUAAAAUAUCUUCGAGAGUAAUAAAAUUAUUUUUAGUUAGGGAUGAAUUCCUGUGUUAUUAUUUCCUUGUGAUAUUUAGACAUGUAAUUAUUAAUAAUAACUGCAAAAUCAUAAUCCAAGCUCAUGGUUACACUCAGAAAUAAAUUUCAUAUUCUAUUAAUGAAAGUGGUGCAACAAAAACUACAGACGGUUAAACUGGACACUUUACAAGUGUUCACGAUGAUUUGAACACAUUAAUUCAAGAGAUGGGAUUGAUUUUCUUCCAUUACUCUUAUUACUAUGCUAUUGGAGAAUAAAUAAAUAAUGGACUCAGAGCUAGCUGAUAUGUCACGAGUCUGAUUGAUUGAUACCAAUAAUUUCAACGAAUGAUAAUCCGAUAUUUUUAUAAUCGGUGAUAAAAUAAAAAUUUUACGAAUGCAUUCAGCCGUUUCUAGCGUUGACCUAUCAUUGAAAAAAUAUUAUUCGACGUAAUUUAUUUAGAUAAAUAAACUCACACUUUAUACAGUUGAGAUCUCUUCCUCGAUUCAAUUUUCUAUUAAAAAAAUAUUAUUCAAACCUACAUUGAAAAUAGCUCAGUUUAUGUUCUUUUUCAAUAGUCAAUUUUCCCCUUGAAAAUUUCACCGUCGCUGUGCAAUCCCAACAUUUUUAAUACAUUUAGCUCAUUCUAUAAUGAAUAUAUUUCUUUCUUUACGAAAUUUUUUAUCGUGUUUAAUCAUUGAUAAAAAAUCAAUAAUACUUUAUCGAACUGUGAUCGGCUGCAGAAUCAUUACCCCAUUUGAUUUAUCCUUCCUCUGUACAAUCUUGUAUUCAAUAUCUCUCAAUAUUAUUCAAAGGAAUUGCUCGUGCAAUCGACUUUUGCCCAAUUACAAAUAUCUGAAAUAAUCCAAUCGUUUGUGUCAUUUGCUCUUGUUAUUUUUGUUUCAAUACACAAAAGUAGAAGCAAAUUAAAUAUCAUAGCAUAAAUCAAAUGUCAGUAAUUCACAUUUAAUUAAUAGUACACCAACUUAUAUACAUUCAGUAUAAUCGUACUAUGACGUAUUUAUGACGUAUUAUGCACUGUCGUACUGGACAAUAACACGGAUAAACAAAUACUUUAGUCGUUAUUUGCGUUUCGUAAAUUCGGCCGUAUACACAUUACACUCAAUAGCGAAACUACCGAUUGAAUUACACUGCACGUAUUAUUUAAUAAAUUCCUUGAUUUUUUUUUUCUAAAAAAAUGUCUUCAUUUUUGUAUAAUUUUGCACUGCAAGUCUUCUUUCGUUUCGCAUAUCGACAUUUACUGAAUAAAUUUAUUAAUAAUAUCAGUCACACGACACGCGAAUAGAAUCAGUAAAGCGAGAUUGCAAUUCAGAUUUAAUUAGUCAUGGAGUUAGCACCUCAUUUUGUUCAAUUAUCUUUAGUAAUGAUACAUUAAGAACAUUUUUAUAAAUAU